CCAAUUCCACCGCCUACGUUCUUUACAUCGUGAGACAAGAUGUUGGACAUGUAAGUCAUUUCCUACCAUGUUCGGCCGUCUACCUCUUGGGCUCCACGUGUGAUCUUCAGGGUAGAGGACUUUCAACUAACAUAGAGGGGUAAUAGCAACGACUUCAUCAAGGAGCGUGGCGGCGACCCAGAGAAGAUCCGCGAGUCGCAGCGAAAGCGACAUGAACCCCUCGAGAUUGUAGACGAAAUUAUCGCAGACUUCGAGGACCACCGCAAGACACAAUAUGCCGCCACACAAAUCGGGUCCAGCAUCAACGCCCUGCAGAAGCAAGUGGGCCAGAAGAAAAAGGCCAAGGAGAACGCCGACGACCUCGUUGCUGAGAUGAAGAAGCUUCAGGAAGAAAAGAAGGCCAAGGAAGAAGAGGCAACCGAGAAGUUGAAGAAGCUGAAUGCCAAGGCUAAGACCGUAGGAAACUACGUCCACAAGGAUGUCCCAGUUUCGGACAACGAGGACAACAACGAAGUAAUCAGGACAUGGGCGCCAGAAGACAGAAAAGCCGAGUUCAAGAAUGACGGUAUCCCCCACCACGGCGUCCUCGCACGACUCAACGGCUACGAUCCAGAGCGCGGCGUUAAGGUCGUAGGCCACCGCGGCUACUGUUUGACCGGCUACGGCCUCUUCCUCAACCAGGCUCUUGUCUCAUAUGGCUUAGAAUACUUGUUUCAUAAGGGCUAUACACCGAACCAGCCCCCCUUUAUGAUGCUUCGGGACGUCAUGGCGAAGACUGCACAGCUAUCGGAUUUCGACUCUGAAUUAUAUAAAGUCACGGAGUCCAAAGACAGGCCGGAACUUGAUAAAUAUCUCAUUGCCACUUCGGAACAGCCCCUCUCUGCUCUGCACAGCGAGGAGUGGUUACAAGGUGACCAGUUACCAAUUCGUUACGCUGGGUAUUCUACGAAUUUCAGGAAGGAGGCUGGCUCUUCGGGCAAAGAUACCUGGGGUAUCUUCCGUAUACAUCAAUUCGAGAAGGUGGAGCAGUUCUUGAUUACCCACCCAGAAAAAAGCUGGGAAGCGUUCUCUGAAAUGCUUGCUACUUCAGAGGAAUUCUAUCAAUCGUUAGGACUUCCAUACCAGGUUAUCAAUAUCGUCUCCGGGGCCCUUAAUAACGCAGCGGCAAUGAAGCGCGACCUCGAGGCUUGGUUCCCGGUCACUGGUGGUGGCGAGUAUAAGGAGCUCGUUUCCAUCUCGAAUUGCACAGACUAUCAAACGAGAGAGCUGGAGAUUCGACAUGGAACUAAGAAGCUCAACGCGACACGCAAGGAAUACGUCCAUGCACUGAACGGUACACUGUGCGCAACCGAACGAACCCUUUGCUGCAUCCUCGAGAACUACCAAACACCCGAAGGUUUCACUGUCCCGGAGGUGCUGAGGAAAUACAUUCCCGGUCAGCCAGAAUUCCUACCAUUCGUCAAGGAAUGGAAGGCACCCAAGGAUGACAAGCCACUCCCAGACCGAACAAAGCAGACAUAAUCGGGGAUGGGUGGUUAUGGGCUUGAAGAGUGGAUGGAAUGAACGUUCGUCAUG